AUGGAUUCAUCUUCCACUCGCUUUCCACAGGGCUCCCCAGCUUCAAAUCAGAGUACACUCAGUCAUCGUCCAAGUCCGCGACCCCAAAGCUCGGACACGCCCAACACCUCAGCCAACGCCCCAAUUCCAGAUGACGACCAUGGUGCUGAUCUACCGAUGAACAUGUCUGCAUCGGUCAUGUUGACCAACUUACCUCGUGAUGCGCACCAGGCACUUGCGGACGUGGAGAGUAUUGAUUCCGGAAAAGUCACUGUGCGCUUUCAGCCUCUCCCUUCCGCGCCGAUUUUAAAGAACCGGGUGUUCAAGGUUAGCGCGUCGCAGAAAUUCGAAACGGUUGUGAAGUUUCUGCGCAAGAAGCUGGACUGCAAAGAAACCGAUUCUGUUUUUUGUUACGUUAAUAGUGUGUUUGCACCCGGGUUAGAUGAAGGCAUGGGCGGACUAUGGAGGUGUUUCAAGACUGACGAUCAAUUGAUCGUCGCCUAUUCAAUGACACCAGCUUUCGGCUGA